GAAUUUGUAUACAGACAUAUAUCUCCAGAGAUCUGUUUCAACCCAGUCUUAAAUUUCCUUGCUGGAUUGAAUCAAUGCUGUGAUGGAGGGAGGAGGCGGACAAGUCUAGUGAGAGAAAGAUGUUUGUGAAAAUGACUCUGAGAGAGUCGUCAAGGUUUGAAAAUUUUUGGUACCUGUAAUUUUGUCAACCCCAGCUUUAGCUUUAGAUACCCUAUUCAAGAGGGCAGUUGUCUGCAUAUCUCGAGUCUGUUUUGAUGAGGUAAAGGAGAGAAGGCAAAGUUGUUUUUGCUCUUGUUGUCGUCUUCCUCGGAGGACCAUCGCCAUGGCUGCUGCUGCUGUUACCACUCUUUUCCUGUUUUUCUGCUCACUGUUGCUUCCACAUUCUUCUUCUGCUCUCCCCCUUUGCACUGAUUUGAGGGCGCCGGAGAUCCAGAAGGCUGCUCUGAGCUUCUGUCCGUACAGUGGGAGAGUGUGCUGUGACUCGGCCAAAGAUUUGGAGCUGAAAAAGCAAUUCCAAGCAAUGAAUGUGUCUGAUUCUGGCUGUGCUUCUGUGAUCAAAUCUAUCCUCUGCGCAACAUGUGAUCAGUUCGCAGAAGAGCUAUUCAGAGUAGACACAGGGCCGGGACCAGUUCCAGUUCUUUGCAAAUCUAAUGAAUCAGCCAACUCACCCUCGUCAAGUCACACAGAAAGUAGCUUCUGCUCACAAGUCUGGGAUGCUUGUCAAAAUACAGCCAUACUGAAUUCUCCUUUUGCUACUUCAUUACAAAGUAGAACUGGGGUGCUGCAAAAUUCAACCUCCACCAAGCUUACAGAACUUUGGCAAUCAAAGAGUGAAUUUUGCGAAGCAUUUGGUGGUGCCUCUGGCAAUGAUUCCUUGUGUUUUAACGGCAAACCAGUGUCACUUAAUGAUACUGAAACCUCAGUUCCCCCAAAGGGCCUGUGCCUUGAGAAAAUUGGUGAGGGACAAUAUCUUAACAUGGUUGCUCAUCCCGAUGGGUCAAACCGAGCCUUCUUCUCCAGCCAAGCUGGUAAAAUAUGGUUGGCCACCAUCCCAGAGCAGGGUUCAGGAGGAACUUUGGAUCUCGAUGAAUCUAGCCCUUUUGUUGAUUUAACCGAUCAAGUUCAUCUUGAUACCACCUUCGGGGUGAUGGGAAUGGCUUUCCAUCCAAACUUUGCCCAGAAUGGGCGUUUCUUUACUUCAUUCAACUGUGACAAGGUUAAGUCCCCCACAUGUUCUGGAAGGUGUUCUUGUAACUCAGAUGUGAACUGUGAUCCUUCCAAGCUGAAUUCUUCAAAGGGAGCUCAACCAUGCCAGUAUCACAGUGUUAUUGCAGAAUAUACUGCCAGUGGAACUGCAUCAGAACCUGCAAUGGCAAAAACAGCCAAACCAACAGAGGUGAGAAGAAUAUUUACAAUGGGACUCCCAUUUACAAACAACCAUGGAGGCCAGAUUCUUUUUGGACCAAAAGAUGGGUAUUUAUACUUUAUGAUGGGUGAUGGGGGAAGCAAAGGGGAUCCUUAUAAUUUUGCCCAAAACAAGAAAUCUUUACUUGGAAAAAUCAUGAGGCUUGAUGUAGAUAACAUACCAAGUGCAGAAGAAAUAAGUAACCUUGGUCUUUGGGGUAACUAUUCCAUUCCUCGAGAUAAUCCUUAUCAUGAAGACAAGGAGUUGAAGCCCGAGAUUUGGGCCCUUGGACUAAGAAAUCCUUGGCGCUGUAGCUUUGAUUCAGAAAGGCCUUCCUACUUUCUUUGUGCAGAUGUUGGACAGGAUAGAUAUGAAGAGGUUGAUAUCAUAACCAAAGGCGGGAAUUAUGGCUGGAGCAUCUAUGAAGGACCUCUUCCAUUCAACAAUCAGCAUUUUCCCUCAAACACUUCUGCUGAUUCUGAGACACUAAUCUUCCCCGUCCUAGGAUAUAACCACUCUGCUGUGAAUAGCUUAGGAUCUGCAGCAAUAUCAGGCGGGUAUUUCUAUAAUUCCAAGACCGAUCCCUGCGUGCAUGGAAGUUACCUGUAUGGAGACUUGUACGGUGGAGCUAUAUGGGCGGCUGCAGAAACCCCCAGAAACAGUGGGAAUAUGACUGCUAGUAGUGUUCCAUUUAGUUGUGCUUCUGACUCUCCCAUUGCGUGCCACUUUGUGCCCGGAAGCCGUCAACCAGCUUUAGAGUACAUAUUCUCAUUCGGACAGGAUAACAGGAAGGAUGUUUUCAUUCUGGCUAGUAGCGGUGUAUACAGAAUAGUUCGGCCAAGCCGCUGCAAUUAUACGUGCUCCAAGGAAACCGUGACAACAACUGACAGCCCCAGUUCUACCCCUUCUUCAUAUGGUAACAACCCAGUUAAGCCACGCAAAAAGUUGGUGUUCUUCCUUUUAUCAUUGAUGCUCUUGGCAGGCACUAUGUUGUAAGCAUGAAUAUGAAAACAAGGAAUACUUUUGUUCUAUAUAAGGUUCAGAUACAUGCCUGCUGAUCUUCGGCUGUAUAUAUGCAUAUCAUAUUCCCAGUCUUGUUUCA